AUGUCAGAUGAACAAAUUUCUGAUUGUAACACUAAUGAAAUAGUGAAUUGUCCUAAUGAAGUAGAAAGAAACCAUGAUCAACAUUAUCCAAUCAAAGAUGAUUCUAUACAAUCAAAAGAAAUCAUAGUAAAUAAUAGUGAAUUAGAUAAACAAGAAAAGAAUCAAAAUGAAGCUGUUGUAAUUAAAGAAAAUGAUCGGUGUAAAACAGAUGUUAAUUCAUCAAUGGAAAUAUUGAAAAGUCGAGAAAAUGAAGGUGAUGAUGAAGUAGAAGAGAAAGAAGAAGAAGAAAAAGACAAAAAUAUAAAGUUAAAAGAAAUUUCAGACAAAGAAGAUGAUUCAGAAAAACCAUCAACUUUUGAAAUCAUUGACAAAAAUCUAGAACAAUCUGAAACAACUGAGAAUUCAUCAGGCGAGAAAGACAAAGAACACAAGAAAAAAGUCAAUCUAGUCAAAUGGUUAAAGAAAAAUGUACAUAUUCAUUUACCAAAGCAUCACUCCUUUAAAAAGGAAAAGACCGUUAUGGAAUAUAAGACUGAAUGUAUCAAUUCAAAUGAAGAACCAAUGUCUGAUAAACAAAUUAAUCAUAAUUCAUCUGAAGAAGUUAAAACUAUUGAACAUACUGAGAAUGAGCAAAAUGUAACAACUGAAGAGACACAUGAAACUACCGAAUUAUUACAAUCGACAAUUGAGAAUACAACAGCAGAUCAUUCCUUAGUCACAUCUACAACAAUAAACAAUGCACAAUUAUAG